AUGUCGCCUUACACAAGCACUGGGGGUGGGCGUGCGCCCAAUGUGUCUCGCUACCUGCGUGACCUGAACACCGUCAAGGAGCCCGGCUCCGCCGAGGAGAACUUCACUUUUGAGGACGACCUCGCCAUGUUCACAAACACUCAGUUUUUCGACUUCGAGACCGGUCAGCACACCGACUACCAGGCACCGCCCAAGAAGCCCGAGACCGCUGCCGUUGCUGAGCCCCAGGCUCCGUCCAGCGCCGUUACCGAAGAAUUGACGUCUCCAAUUGGCGACUUUGGCAACGUUGACUUUUCCCUGCCAGGCGAAUUCAACUUUCACGAUUUCACCAACCCCUACCCUGCCUCGGGCGUACCGUCCUUCGCCGAAGGCCUGGGUAACCUUCAACCUCUUCAGCCCAACCCGCAACCCACCUACGCACCGCCUCCUGUAUCUCAGCAGCACAACCACCACUAUGCCGCUCCCACGCCUACAGCCGCCGAGACCAGAACUCCCGAGUCUCUGAAUGGAGUCAGCAGGCCCGGUCACAGUUUCGAGGAGCAGUCCCGCGUUGCCGCUGAGGAGGACAAGCGCAGGAGAAACACCGCCGCCAGUGCCAGGUUCCGCAUCAAGAAGAAGCAGCGCGAGCAGGCUCUCGAGAAGAGCGCCAAGGAGAUGUCCGACAAGGUCUCAGCUUUGGAGCAGCGCAUCAGCCUCCUCGAAACCGAGAACCGCUGGCUCAAGAACCUCGUAAUGGAGAAGAACGAGGGUAGCGAGGACAUUGCUUCCAUGCUCAAGGAAUUUCAGAACAAGCAGACCAAGACAACUGCGACGUCUUCGGACUCUCUCAAGGCGGAGGAGGCAAAGUAG